CGCGGGGGGUGCCCGGGCUCUCCCCCCGCUCCUCCGCCUCACGCCCCGCCGUGCCAAGCCGCCUUACCCUUUAUUUUUGGCUCGGCGGAGCCGGGCGGCCCUGAGCCAGCAGCGGGACCGGCGGCAGCUCCCCCGCGUCGCCCGGCGGCGCCCAGGCCCCGCUCCCCGCCCGCCCGCCAUCGCCCGCCCCGGGCCCGGGGAAGGGAGCCAGGCUGCCCGCAGCGAGCCCCUCAGCCCCUUUCCGCCGGCACAGGAGCCCCGAGUGCCACCAGGCAGGAGCCAGAGAUGACCAAGGAAGACGACUUACCCGACUGGAACUCGUCCAAGGAGUUUUAUGAAAAAUAUGAGCCGAAGGAAGUUUUGGGCAGGGGGGUGAGCAGCGUCGUCCGUCGGUGCAUUCACAAAGCCACCCGGCAGGAAUAUGCCGUGAAGAUCAUCGACAUCACGGCGGGUAACAUAUCCCCCAAGGAGGUGCAGGAACUGCGAGAAGCCACCGCUAAAGAGAUCGACAUUCUCCGGAAAGUCUCGGGCCACCCCAACGUCAUCCAGCUGAAGGACAGCUAUGAAUCCAGCACCUUCUUCUUCUUGGUGUUUGACCUGAUGAAGAGAGGGGAGCUCUUCGACUACCUCACCGAGAAAGUCACCUUGAGCGAGAAGGAAACCAGGAAAAUCAUGCGCGCGCUGCUGGAAGUGAUCCAGUACCUCCACUCCAUCAACAUCGUCCACCGGGACCUGAAGCCGGAGAACAUCCUCCUGGACGACGACAUGAACAUUAAGCUGACGGACUUCGGCUUCUCCUGCCAGCUGCGCGAGAACGAGAAGCUCAAAGAGAUCUGCGGCACGCCUGGCUACCUGGCCCCCGAGAUCCUGCAGUGCUCCAUGGACGACGAGCACCAGGGCUACGGGAAGGAGGUCGACAUGUGGAGCACCGGGGUGAUCAUGUACACCUUGCUGGCCGGGUCACCUCCCUUCUGGCACCGCAAGCAGAUGCUGAUGCUGCGGAUGAUCAUGAACGGGGACUACCAGUUCGGCUCCCCGGAGUGGGACGACCGCUCGGACACCGUCAAGGACCUGAUCUCCCGGUUCCUGGUGGUGGACCCACGGCAGCGGUACACGGCCUGCGAGGCGCUGGCCCACCCCUUCUUCCAGCAGUACGAUGUGGAGGAGGUCCGGCACUUCAGCCCCUUCCGGAAAUUUAAGGUGAUCUGUCUGACCGUCCUGGCGUCCGUCCGUAUUUACUACCAGUACCGGCUGGUCAAGUCGGUCACCAGGGAGCUGGUGGUGCGGGACCCGUACGCCCUGAAGCCCGUCCGCAAGCUGAUCGACGCCUGCGCCUUCAGGACCUACCGGCACUGGGUGAAGAAGGGGGAGGCGCAGAACAGAGCCGCCCUCUUCGAGAACACCUGCAAGGCCAUUUUGCUGACCCUGGCAGCCGAGGAAGGGCUGUUUUGAUCGCCGCUGCGUAAGCCGAUGAGUUUACUCAGAGUUAAGACCCGUCUGCCGUGUCGAUCCACGAGGCACCUCUCAGGACCUGCAUCUUCUGAGCACGCUGCCUCGCCGAGAGCCCCGCAGCGCGGUACUCGGUCGCCGUCCACUCCCAGGUGUUCCCCAGCAGGUCGUACAGCCCUGAGACACCGACGGGUUCACAUCAGGAUUACAACAGCACAUUUUUAAGGGCUGCAAAAGCAUUUUGGUUUACGGGAGGGGGCGGGCAACAUUCAAAGCAUCACUGCAAGAGCGUGGUUUAAUGGUGAGACUGGGAAGCAGGAGCUCUUUGCUGGAUUUCAAACUGGCCCCAGUUUAGAACUGGACCUUUCAGGUGUCUCAUCGUUUCCCGUCUGCAUGAGGGCAUGGCAUCCGCCGCCCUCAAAACAACGUGCUCAGGAUUUUCAGGUAAAUCACACUGAAGUGCAAAAUAAGCGAUUUCUAAUUAGAAGCAGGGGCUGGUUUGGGACGUUGAAGUGCACCGGGUGCACGUCAGGCAACGUCAGCAACAACCACCAGCGCUCCUGCUGGGCUUGGUUAUUCCACCAAGAUGCUGAUGUGAUCCCACAUCGUAUCUGAAACUCCUCUACAACUACAGGAUUUUAUAAUCAGUGUUCAUUUAGGAAGCAGACACCAUGCCUAAAACUGGGGGGGGAUAUCUGGGAUCUGGGCCGUACCGUAGUUGUUCUGAGGAGGGAACGCUGCCACCGGAGAGACGCCGUGAUAACCGUCUUCAGCCGUGUCGGCCCUCGGGAACUUGCCCUGCAGGAAGAAAGAUCACUCCGAGCACAGAGCCGCCGCCGAGGCCACACGCAGUCCUGCUCUGCACAGGACCGCCCUACACUUAAAUAAUGGAAACAACUCUCUGUUGUAAAUUAACUCUACGCAGCGUUUCUGGCCGAGAGAGGAGAUCAACCAUCUAAAGUCCUCCCAAGACAACCUCCUUUUCAAACAAAUUUAUGUAUGAAUUCUUGGUUAUGUAGGAAUUUCUGGAAGCACUGAAAUCCCGGUUUCCCAGGGAAGCUGGGCUGAGUCUGCUCCCUCUAAAGCUGUUUUCGGGUAACUGACCAGGAGCCGGAUUUUGGCACCCUGCAGGUAAGGCAGCAUUGCUUCCCAGCACCACGCAGCCACCCACGCUCUGCGGUCAAGUUAAACACCACCCUCAGAGGAGCUCAGAGUAGACAGGAUGAUUUUUAGGAUCUUACCUGCCACAGAUUUGUGCGGUUCGGCUGAAACUUGUUUCCCCAGGGAUACACCCUCUCUGCCAAGGAGGAAGAGACACCCGUUACCCCUGUGUCAAUCCAGCCUCUGCAUUUCCCUAUUUUUAACCAGGCUUUUAGGACCGUCUUUUUCUGCCCAGCUCAGGACACUGAGGGGGGGUUACACGAACGGGGCUGGUCCGUCCAACCCCUACGGGCACUGCCAAGGAAGCGAGGAGAGACAGGAAUCAGCCACAGCUUCCCAUUUACAAACCAUCGCUCCCGCCGGGGCAUCCCACGCUCCCCCCAGUGAUGCCAGCACCAAUGUCGGGGGUCGCUCCUGGCCCCAAACCCAUGACAUGGUAUUUUUAUAGCUGGCAGAAGUGCUUUGUUUGGAUACAUCAAGACCAUAGAUAAGCCACUUUUUCUUGCUAUUAUUAUUACUAUUAUUAUUUCAACUCCCAGGCCAAAAGAGGUGGUUCAGCCCCAGAUUAACCUCUGAAAACAUCCCUGGAUGGAGGUUUGGAUCUGGUAGAACUACCACAACUCGACACUUCGGCUUGGAAGAAGGUGGGAGCUGGUGGUACGUACGCUCCAGUCCUCCCCUGGCAGCAAAUUCCCACUCCUCCUCCGCCGGGAGCCUCUUCCCUUUCCAGGCACAGAACGCCCGCGCGUCGUUCCAGCUCACGUGCAGCACCGGGUAAUCCAGCCUGUCCUUGAUGCUGGAGCCAGGACCCGAGGGCUGGGAGGAAUCGCAUCAAACAGAUUUUAAUUGAUUUUAUAAACUUUCCAAUUAAAAAGGGACUAAAGGACAGAA